UAAUUUAUUUCUAUUUGACGUUUAUUAUUAUUUUUGUUUGUUUUUUAAUUUAGGUUUUGAGUCAUUCAAACCUCUCCAGGUAACCUGCUCGAACCAGGGAGCCUUUAAAGGGACAUGGGGGGAGUUUCCUGUGAGUUUCAGGAGGCUGCAGGGUGGCGGCGGUGCGUUCAGGGACCAGACAACCGCAGUGGGCGCAGCUUCUGUUAUACACGUUGCGGGGCGCUGCUGUCAUCAGGCUCAGUGUAAAAAAAAAAAAAAACGUUCGAAAGGUUCCAGUCGAUGACGCGCACAGUGAUGCUCCAGCAGGCAGCUGCAGCAGCAUCCGACACUGAAGUGGACAGAAGGUGACUGAUCUGCGUGUAAAAAUCUCCAGGCCAUUGCCUAAGCAAUAAGCAGAGCUGCUCUGUGUCUCCACUACUCCCAAAUCAUCCUCUGAAAAUGCAUGGCCUGUAAACCAACAAGUAUGGCUCACAGGAAGAGGCCGGGGGCUAGUGGAGGAACCAGCCUGGCUACUCCGGGCCCCGUCCCCUGUCCCAGCACUCGUCCUACAGAGCCACGUGACCUCAAAUCUCUCCCUGCCCGGCAGCGUCCAGUUCGCUACCCCAAAGAGCCCAGGAAUCUCAAACACCACCCUCCUCCUCGCUCCUGUAAGCCUCAGUAUUCGUCUACAGAUUCUCAAGACGAAGGACACAAUCAUCCGGAUGUACACGUUGACACGGAUGUCGAGGUGAAUCGGUACAACCACCAAUCAGCAGAAGCAGAAGCAGAACUGGAGGACCGGCGACCACCCACGCCACCGACACCAGAGCAUGUGCAUGAGCAGGUGGACUUCCAUGGUGCAGCCGACAGUCUAGAUGAUGAUUCCAGCUCGGAUUAUAUCAACAACACCUCCGAUGAUGAGGACUACGAUGACGGGUUGGCAGAGGAAGACGAGGGCGUCACAUACUACAUCAGGUACUGUCCUGAGGAUGACAGCUACCUGGAAGGCAUGGACUGCAGCAGUCAGGGCGACUGCAACCACAGCCAGAGCCACAGCCAGGGGGACUCUGAAGGCAACAUGCAACCUGUUGGACCACACACUGAUGAAUGCACUCAACGCGUGGAAGCCUGGGCCGUGGAGGGAGAAGACGAGGGGCAGAUACGGAGGGAGGAGUGGGUGGAAGAUGAUGAAGGAGAAAGAGCAGUGAGUGAAGAGUGGAGAGGGGAGGAAGAAGAGGUGAGGGAAGAGUGGGCGGAGGGAGAUGAGAGUGUGAGAGAAGAGUGGACCGGGGACAUGGAGGUCAGGCAGGAGCAGUGGGUUGGGCGUGAACAGCACAGGGUGGAGGACUGGAGCGGUGGAGAGGGGGAGGUCCGCUGUGAAGUGGUGGAGCAGGAUCCAGAUGAGCAGAUUUACAAUGGGAGACCAGAACCAAUUCUGGACCAUCACCACCAACACCAACACCACCAACAACCCCCGCUACAAGACAGUCUGCACAACCAGGGUGAUGAGGAGGAGGAGGCUGAGAGUGAGGAGUACUGCCCUAAUGAGGAGGAAGAGGAAGAAGGUGAGGAGGAUGACAGACAUGGAAGGGUCUACACUGGGGACUACUACGCCCCAGGGGACAAUGGAAAUACAGUGCGAGUCUCACCUUAUCGCAGCCGAAAAGUGAUAGUGGUGGAGGGAGAGACAGGGGAGGAGGCGGAGGAGGACAUUGACCAGAUCGUUGCUGAGAUCAAGAUGAGUAUGAGCAUGGGGAGUCUGAGCAGCAGCACGGAUCAAAGUCCAGAGGAGCUGGCACAGGACCCAGCACCGAGUAAUUACCCCCACCCUAAGCCGGACACAGCCUCUUACCCACCAGCCCACCACCGACACGACAGCAGACCCAAGUCUCUGAACCUGCCCUCAAUGCACCAUAACAACACUGACCUCCAGAGGAGCAUCAAGGCACAUCCACGCUCCCCUGAAGACAGGCAGCGGUGGUCACAGGAGCAGGUGAGCAGCAGCGGUGCAGACCUGUCCAAAAAGCAGCAGCGCUCUGACCUCAACGUUCCCCUGGAGAACAACAACGUACCUGAGCCACCCAAGAAGGUCGCCGCGUUCCCCAGCUUUGUCGACGUUCCAGGACCAUGUGAGCCAGAGGACCUGAUUGAUGGGAUUAUCUUUGCUGCUAACUACCUGGGCUCCACUCAGCUGCUCUCUGAGAGGAACCCCUCCAAGAACAUACGCAUGAUGCAGGCUCAGGAGGCCGUCAGCAGGGUCAAGAGGGUACAGAAGGCUGCCAAAAUCAAGAAAAAGGCGAAUGCAGAUGGAGAUGCCCAAACCCUCACAGAGGUGGAUCUGUUUAUUUCCACCCAGAGGAUCAAAGUUCUCAACGCAGACUCACAGGAGACAAUGAUGGAUAAUGCACUCCGCACCAUAUCUUACAUCGCUGACAUUGGAAACAUUGUGGUUCUGAUGGCCAGACGUCGGAUGCCGCGCUCUGCUUCACAGGACUGUAUUGAGUCUACGCCCGGAGCACCCGAGGCGAAGAAACAGUACAAGAUGAUUUGCCAUGUCUUUGAGUCUGAAGAUGCACAACUCAUCGCUCAGUCCAUCGGCCAGGCCUUCAGUGUGGCUUACCAGGAGUUUCUGAGAGCCAACGGCAUCAACCCGGAGGACCUGAGUCAGAAGGAGUACAGUGACAUCAUCAACACCCAGGAGAUGUACAAUGACGACCUCAUUCACUUCUCAAACUCUGACAACUGCAAAGAGCUGCAGCUGGAGAAGAUCAAAGGUGAGAUCCUGGGUGUGGUGAUUGUGGAGUCUGGUUGGGGUUCCAUCCUGCCCACUGUUAUCUUGGCCAACAUGAUGAAUGGCGGGCCGGCAGCUCGCUCUGGCAAGCUGAGCAUCGGAGACCAGAUAAUGUCCAUCAACAACACCAGCCUCGUAGGACUGCCGCUGGCCACCUGUCAGGGAAUCAUUAAGGGCUUAAAGAACCAGGUCCAGGUGAAAAUGAACAUCGUCAGCUGCCCUCCUGUCACCACUGUCCUCAUUAAAAGACCAGAUCUCAAAUAUCAGCUGGGAUUCAGUGUCCAAAACGGCAUCAUCUGCAGUCUGAUGCGAGGAGGAAUCGCUGAGCGAGGAGGAGUCCGCGUGGGUCACAGGAUCAUAGAGAUCAAUAGUCAGAGCGUGGUGGCCACGGCACACGAGAAGAUCGUCCAGGCACUGUCCAACUCUGUUGGCGAGAUCCACAUGAAGACCAUGCCUGCUGCGAUGUUCAGACUUCUAACAGGACAGGAGACGCCUUUGUACAUAUAAACAGCGGCUCCCUCUGUGACAGAACGUGAGUUACUGAUGAGGUGACCUUUGACCUGAUGGUGAGGCAGCAUCUCUCAGCCUCUUUCUUUCUCUUCCCCUUGCUCUGUGUUAGCAACCUUUCGUCCUUCUGCCUUUAUUUAAGCUGUAACAAUGAAUUAGUUCACAUGACAGGCCUAUUUUUUCAUCUCUCAGAAAAUGAUUCUUAGUUUGAAUGUGUGUGUGUGUGUGUGUGUGUGUGUGUGUGCGCAUGGGCAUGACAGUGGGGUUUAUUUCUAUUUAUUGGUCCCACCCAGGCAUGUGCUUUUAUUUCCUACUUCAUAAGUUGCACUCAUUAUCACAAUUCAUUAAUUUUAUAUUUCACAUCAGGCAAUAGAACAUUUUAAUGAUUCAUCCUGUAUAGAUUUAUUUCCUUGUCUUUUUAUUUAUUUGUCAUGUAAAUACAUAUUUUGCUAAUACUUUAAGUGAAGGCAGCAGGGUGUGAAGGGCUGAGGCUGCACUGUAAAUAGUAACUGAACCAUGACCUUGAUGACGGCAAGACACACGUACUUAAACGCCAGAUAUUGUAAAAAAAAAGUUAAUAAAAAAAACUUGUCAAAUACACAGGCAGAAAAUAUGUGUGGAGGAUGUCUGUAUAAGGUGAUAUGAUGUCAUGUGAAUGGACCCGUGCCUGCAGCAGGGGAUUAUGGGAGAAAUGCCAUAUUCUUUUUGAUUUUACUUCACAUUACGGCAAUACACAAGUUCAACCUCUGGGUAAGAAAGCCUUUUUUAAACUCAUGUACAAACACACACAUUUGAACAAAAACUCACCUCGAUUAUGCCUUUGACAUGAAGAAAAAAAAAGCUCAUGUUAAAUCUGACAGUACUCUGACGUGUUCUCUACUCUAUGUACAUCUUUAAUGUUGCCGACUGACGCUCAUAGACACUAUGAGUGGAUUGUGAAUGUAACUGUGUUGUGUGAACUGUCUCAUUGCCAUAAACAGUAUUAGAAUUUCUGUACAUAAGGAGCAACUUGUCUUGUUGUUGUGCUCAGCAAACCCUUUCACAUCUGUAUCGUUGGCUCCUGACGCAGUGACAGAGUGAAGUGUCGGACACACUGUGAGACGGAAAGAGGAAGUUGGACAGAGUGUGUGUUGUUUGUGUGCACACAGGUGAAGCAGAAAGGACAGGACUGGUUUUAAAAUGCAAAGUAGUGAAGUUGAAUCAUUUUAACACUAUCCGUGUGUGUGUGCAUGCCUCGUAUAGUAGUUUCAUGUCAUUGUGGCAAGAAAAUAAAAACUAAACUGAACUUGG